UGCGUCGGUGGAUAAUUAUCCGUGUGGUAAAUAUGUCUUAACAUACCUGGUAGUCUAGCCCAUUAAUCAUAACGAUUUCUUGGGUAUUUAAUAGGGGCAUUCCAGCCAGUUACCUGUUGGAAAGUCGGCUUUUAUGAGGGACGUCACUUAAAUUGAUUCCACUUUAUCACCAAACUCGAAAAGAAGGAAGAUCUCGCUAGUCAGGUGCAUAGUAUUGUUCUGGCGCCAAACAGGGGACAUUCUGAAGCUUCGUUAGUGAAGACCAGACCGGUGAAUCAAGUCACGUGACUUAACGCCUAUCAUAUCGUCACAUCGGGUGAAAAUGUUAACCGACAUAUGUUUUUCUACAGCAUUUAUCGUAAGUUCCGGCUUAGCGAUGUCAUUUGUCCUUACCCUGGUCAAUAGCAACCCAUCAAAUCGCAACGACCACUCCGACCUCUGGGCGAUUCCCAACGCGAUCUUGCACGAACGUCGCCGUUCAUUCGACCCUACGACAGAGGCCGAUGCACUUCACCAGAGCUUCCCCGUCACAGCCAACAGUCUUGCUGGUGCCAACACCGACUGUCCAUCAACAGAGCUGAGCUCAGAGGAAUGCCCGGAUGGAGCUAACGUGACCCACCCUGACCACCACAAUGAGAAUUCCAUUUGCCCCUGGACUUACAUCCAUUGCUCGGAUCCAAUGCGUAUACCGGAAGUAAUUGCUGUAGCCCAGUGUCGAUGUUCCACCUGUCUUGACCCAUACACCCACAGACCUGACCAAAACCUUGUAUGCCAGAGCAUCACCUACAAGAUGAAAGUUCUACGAAGAACCCCGCAAGCAUCCGGCCAAUACAGAUAUCAUGUUGCUACGGAAGACGUACCUGUGGCAUGCGCUUGUCUGAGGAAACGCACUGCUGUCGGCAAACCAGGCUCUGACAACUCCUCCUCAGUGGUAACAGAGGUUGUAGAGACUAUCGAAUGAUCUAACUUCCAUCUAUUCCUGGUUACAUCGCAGAAUACGUGACAGACUUGCAUUCUUAAUUCACAUCUAUAACAAAGAGUAACAGAAAUAUACUUGUAUUCAUAUUCAUUCUUCAAUAAAUGAUUUUCUGGGCUCCGUAACACAAAGGUUUGCAAUCAAUCGCUAAAUACCAAUGACCAAUCAAGAUCGUC